UGACUCUUCCAAAACGUUUAACUUGGGAAAUUAGCUCACUAACAUCUACUUUGCUUCAGUCAAUGGAAGCAGAGUAUCUUAGUUAGCUACGUUUCUAUGCUUUCAUUUAAUUGCUGGCGUUACUUGGUGAAAUUCGGUUAGCUGUUUCGCGAUAAUAGCUUGCUAGCUAACUAAUAUAAGUUAAUAGUACCGAUAUGAUAGAUGAUACGAUUUCCUUUAUAUUAAUAUUAUUAUUAAAUUAAUCGCCUUAACUAGCUUAACAGCUGUUAGAAAACAUUGUUGUUCACUAAUGUAAGCUAGCUGGUUUAGCUUCUUAACUUGGCUUGCUAGUUAAACAGCUUUAUAGUUGUUUUACUUGAGCUAACCUAAACUAGCUGAUUUCUUAAGUUCGACGUCUGUCUGUCGUGCUGUUUAGGUACAGCUCUUGGCAGUGAGUAUGAGAAACGGUCCGUCUGUUGUAGAUAGGUGUGUAUAGUUCUUGUGAUUGAUGCCGGUGAUUCGCGCUGAUCUGUGCAGAUUCUUACUGAGUGGUUUUCAGGUGUCGGACAGCGACAGUGACUCGGAGGUUGGGACCCCAGUCAGACCGCCACCAAAAAGACGACGCAUAAUCGACCCUACAACCCUAAUAACGGUACCCAUUUACUCCAACAAGGUCAACAGCAGUUUGCAGUUGAAGCCAUCUGUUUUUGUACAUGCAGAUAGCACAGGCAAUGAUGCAGAGGUGCCAAAACCGUGGCCUUGGUCACAGGCUCCGCCCCCUGCUGAAGAGCAGCCAAUCACCACCAUCCUCUCUGACUCGGAGGAGGACGCCGAGAAAGAUGAGAGCCAGCAAAGUUUCCGCUCGCUGUCUCCGCCCCCGCCCCCUCAGAGCCCCCAAGCAAAGGUCACCAUGCGGGCCAAUCGCAAGAUCAGGGAGCUGGACAGAAAGCUGAACGCCAUUGGCUCGCUCCUGUCCCCGGCACGGACGGGCGCCGGCGACCGUCGCUAUGACGACAGCGAAGACGACGAGGUCGUCAUCAUCUCGGCCCCCCACGCGGUGCUGGAGCGGAGCGACGAGUCGCGGGAGAUACCGCUCAAAUUCCGCUGCCGCACCGACCUGCACAAGAUCCCCAUGCAGUCUACCGCUCCUCUCAGCGUGGCGGUACAGCAGCUGUCAGUCAAACUGAACGUCCCGACGUCCCGCAUCCUGCUGCUGAGGAAAGACACGGAACUUCCUGUCGAGUCCACGGCAAACGAGCUGGGCCUGGGUAUCGCUGACAUCAUCGACUGUGUGGUGAUCGCAGAGGGAGACACAGAGAAAGAGAGUGAUCGUGACAUCAUCACUGUGCGACUACAGAGCAAGGACAAAGGGUCUACCCAGGACUAUUCCCUACACAAGGAAGAUCCUUUGGGGCCCAUCCUCUCUCAGUAUCUCUCCCAUCUGGGCAUCUCCUCCAGGAGCGAAGUCCGCUUCCUGUUCGACGGGUCAAAGGUCGCGGACAGCCAUACGCCCUCCCAGCUGGACAUGGAGGAUGGCGAUGUCAUCGAAGUGUGGGCCUAAUGAUGUGGUUGCGUGGCAACAGACGAGAUUAACACUGGAGAGGACGGGACAAAAAUAAACGUUGAACUCUCUCCCCAACAGUCCUGUACAGAAUGGCAGGGAACGCACUGCAAUAACUCAGCGAGGUGUACGUAUCACAUUAAUGCUGUGGGUUAUUUAAAUAACUGUACAAUUUAUAAUGAAUAAAGUAAUAUUAAUUUAAGCAUCUUAAAAUUCAGGACAAUUGAAUGGGGUAUGUGUACACCGUUGUAAGUCUUUGGAAUAAAAUGACAUUUUUGGUAAAA